ACAAAAUGGCAAAGGUGUGUCCUUUUUGUUGAAAAUUAACAAGCUUUAAAAAGACCAAAAACUAACAGACCGCGAUGGUCAUGAGAAAACGAUGAUGUCUUUAUUUUCCACUCAAUUACUACAUUUCCAUGUUGAAAAUGGAGAACAAAGGUCGAACAACAGAUUCAAUAUGGUGAAGAAGAAGAAGCAGAAAAUAAUUAGGAGCUGCAAAUUCUGUGCAGUCUCCAAAACGCAGCAGCAGCAUCAAAAUUUGUUAUCUUUUUCUAUGGGAUUUUUCAGUGAUAUACCUCUUAACGAGUCUCCUGGUUUCUUUCUCUCUCUAGAAAGCUUCUUUUGAUCAAUACUUGGAAGAUAAACCCAGAAUGCUGAAGGCAACAUUUCCAGGAAAAAGUCAACAGCUCAACCAGGAAGAGUGGAGAAUUGAAACGCCAAAAAUGGAAUUGCUGUCUUUGAAGAUAUGGCCAGUGAUUGAUAUGAAAAUAAUCUCCAAAACCAGUGGCCAAGAUUACCCACCUCAUGUUCCUCAUCAUAUCACAAAACUUCUCCACCUUGAAAUGACAAAUUGGGAGAUCAAUGGCAUCCAUAGGAACUAUAGGCCAUCUUCAGCCAAUGUUACUUCCAAAGGAGCUAUUUACAGUGAAAAAAGAGGAACUACAAGUAGACUUAAGUUUCAAUUCUUUAUGAAUUUCACCUUUGUUGUCCCGCAGGCUCUGAGUUUCAUUCCGAAAGACAUUUUUCGAAGCAUCUUUGAGACGGUUUUGAAGGUAAUGAUGGAAGAUCUUACGAAUAAAGCUAUAGAUAAAUUGGUUGAAGAUUACAGUAAGUUCAGGAAGGAGAAGAAGUAAGAGAGAAGGAUAAAAUGUAGAAGUAGAAGAAGACAUUUCGACUUUAGUCUAAGGUGGGUUUUUUUUUCCUUCUUCUUUUUCUUUUUCAAAAUCGAUGCAAGUAGAUCUCUAUAAUCAAUGUUCGUUGUUUGGGUUGAAUAACACUGUAAUCAUCACAAGACUUGAAUACAAGACUUCAUGAUAUGUGAUACUACAAAUCUUCAUGUCCUUGUAAUUCUGCCAUUCCUAGGGGACGAACAACUUUAAUUCAAGAAGGCCUUGUGAUAUUAGACUAGCUAUAUACUUUAAAGGUAAGCACAUGAAAUAAUUAAUAUGAUCUAA